GCUUCUGCGGCGGCGGUGCGAUGACCACGCUCCGGGCCUUCACGUGCGAUGACCUGUUCCGCUUCAACAACAUUAACUUGGAUCCACUUACAGAAACUUAUGGGAUUCCUUUUUACCUACAGUACCUUGCCCACUGGCCAGAGUACUUCAUUGUUGUGGAGGCACCUGGUGGAGAGUUAAUGGGUUAUAUCAUGGGUAAAGCGGAAGGCUCAGUAGCUAGGGAAGAACGGCACGGGCACAUCACAGCUCUCUCUGUUGCUCCGGAAUUUCGACGCCUUGGUUUGGCUGCUAAACUUAUGGAGUUAUUAGAGGAGAUUUCAGAAAGAAAGGGUGGAUUUUUUGUCGAUCUCUUUGUAAGAGUAUCUAACCAAGAUGCAGUCAACAUGUAUAAGCAGUUGGGCUACAGUGUGUACAGGACGGUCAUAGAGUACUACUCGGCCAGCAACGGGGAGCCCGAUGAGGAUGCCUAUGAUAUGAGGAAAGCACUUUCCAGAGACACUGAGAAGAAAUCCAUCAUACCAUUACCUCAUCCUGUGAGGCCUGAAGACAUUGAAUAACCAUGGGCAGUGGUUCUUAGGCUGAUGCUCCAGAUAUUUUAUGGACAAUAUUAUUUUCAUUGGAUGAUCUUGGAGCUCUAUUAGGAGAAAAGUAAUCAUUUAGGUCUCACAGACUUCAAGAAAAUACAGGUUAUAAACUUGAGUCUCAUUGUUUCCAGUUAGCAAUACCA